GGCUGCAGCGCUGCUGUAGGAGAAGCGCUAGAGGAAGAAAGGGGGUCAGUAUGGCGGAUCUGCUCGGCUCGAUUCUCAGCUCUAUGGAAAAGCCUCCGACAGUGGGGGAUCAGGAGAGCCGGCGGAAGGCGCGAGAGCAGCAGGCUCGUCUGAAGAAGAUGCAGGAGGAUGAAAAGAGGAAGAAAGCAGAGUUCAGGAAAAAGAUGGAGAAAGAAGUGAAUGAUUUUAUACAGGACAGCGCUCUGCAGAAGAAGAAAUAUGAACCCAUGGGGAAGAUAGAGAGGAGCAUCCUGCAUGACGUAGCCGAGGUUGCUGGUCUGACGUCGUUUUCGUUCGGCGAGGAUGAAGAGAGCCGAUACGUCAUGCUCUUCAAAAAGGAAUUUGCCCCGUGUGAUGAGGAACUGGAGGCGUAUCGUAGGGGAGAGGAGUGGGAUGUGGCGAAAGCAGAGGAAAGACGCAAGCUAAAGGAACAGGCUGCGCUGGAGGAGGAAGCUGCUAAUCAGAAUCAGAGGAGACCCCCGUCCCCCAGCUCUAAUUACAGAGACAAAUACAGCCACCUGAUCGGCACAUCAGCCGCUAAAGACGCCGCGCACACACUGGAGGCCAACCGCGCUUACGGCUGCGUUCCUGUGGCCAAUAAGAGAGAUACACGCUCCAUCGAGGAAGCCAUGAACGAGAUCAGAGCCAAAAAACGACUCAAGAAGGGAGAGGAGGACACGGGGGCUGCCGGCAGCAGCAGCAGCAGCAGUGGAUUGUGAACACUGUGUGUGUGAAUGUGUGUGUGAAUGUGUGUGUGAAUGUGUGUGUGAAUGUGUGUGUGAAUGAGUGUGAGAGAUUAGAGACAGGGUCUGUAUUGAUACUGCUAAAGAAGAAGAAUAAGUGUUCCUGUACAGUAUUGUACUCUAUAGCAAUAUUUAACAUGUACAGAAGCCCGUUAGGCUCCUCCCCCUGUGGGAGUGUCCAAGCUGGACGUUAAUGUGAUAAGGGGGAAGAUCUAUACUAGCGCUGUUCAGCCCACGCUCUGGACUCGACCGUCUCUACUGUCUUAAUGGUAUUUUAGCUGUGUCUGUCUUAGGGAACACCCCACACCCCUCCCAUUUACCCCAUUUACCCUGUUAUACCCCAUUUACCCCACUGCCCCCACAUACAGUCAAUCAGCCAGGACAUGUUUGGUACUUUAAAUACAUCAAUGCCUAGUUUUAUGCCCCAUUUUUACUGUUUCAUAACCUCUACAUAUUUUACAGAGAGUAGCGACGUAUUAAUUAGCACCGUGCUAAUUGUUUGUACAUAGGUUUUCUAUACUUUAAAUGCAACAUUAACUCUGUAACUCCAGACCCAAAACAUGCCUCAGCAGUUAGCAUCAUGCUAAUUGGUGUAAACACGCUUCCUUAUUCCUCUACUUUUUAGCAACAUAAGCUUUAUAGCAUCAGUACAUCUGAAACAUGUCUCAGCAGUUAGCUUCUUGCUAAUUGUUGUAGCUAUAUAAGCUACUUUAACAUUUUAGCUGCUUUAGCCUACAAGUAUAAAAGUAAAGAAGUAAGCUUUAAAUCUGAAACAGGUCUCAGCAAUUAUGCUAACUAGUAAACAUAAGCCUCCAUGUAACACUAAAGAAGCAAACCUUAGACUUGAAACAUGCCUCACUGGUUAGCAUCAUGCUAAUUGGUGGGGUAUAUGCUUCCAUUAGGUCUUGGCUACGUUAGCUUCAGUGCAUAAAUAACAAAAAAUACUUUAGACACAAAAUAUCUCUCUGCAGUUAGCACCAUGCUAAUUGGUUGGUCAUUAACUUCUAUUAGGGUGUGUUAACAUAAAUACAAAUGUAAUUUAGCCUUCUUAGCAAUUAGCCCAAUGCUAAUUGGUGGUUAAUAUGCUUCAAUUAGGUCUUGGCUACAUUAUCUCCAGUGCAAAACUAAUUCUGUGGCUAAACCUGUCUUGGCUGAUUGGUUUAGUUUGGGGUAAAUGGGAGAAACUAUUAUUUUCCUUUCGUUUUUGUUAACUUUUUUGCUUUAACAUCAUCUGUUUUAGGGAUUUGUUUUGUUUCUUUGGUACAUUUGUUUCUUAAGGACGGCUGUGUGUCUGUCUGAAAGUGUACUAUUCUAUUUUAAAUGACUGUAGUUUAAGGACCUCUAAUGGUGAAAUUGAGGCCCAACAUCUGAGGAAUUUUAAAGGGAUAGUUCAGCCAGCACUGUUUUAGCCACUGUUAGCCAUAUAAGAUUUGUUUAAACUGGACUAUCUCUUUAAAUUGUUGUUUUUAUCAGCAUGCCUGCUCAUUUCGUACUGUUACGCCCAUGCCUCUGGAAACUGAAGUGUUUUAUUAAUGUAUAAUUAUUGUAUAAUUAAUAAUUAGCAUAUUAUGAACACUGAUAUAGUCGGAUUUAGUGAGUUAUUUAGCUCUGUGAAAUUGAAAGAGCUAAACACUGAUUAAAUCUAGAUUGUGAGCGUUUACACUGAUAAGGAAACCGGUUUGGUGCGCUGUUCAGUGGAAUGAGAUUUAGAGCAGACUGCGUCAGGCUGGGUUUGGGAAGUCCGCAUCCAUGAAAAAGCCUUUUAUAUGGUGUUUAAAGCCUCGAGUUCGUGUCUCCAGUGUCAUUAUUAUAAAUCGGCUGCUCCUCCAGAGUUGUCUUGCACAUUUUCCACAUUUAUCUGAGUAUCUGAUUACUAUACAGUCUUCUAAAUAGCUGAUUAAGACUGGUCUGUGUGUUGUUUUGCUUUUUUAGAUUAAAUAAAUGGAUGAUAAAUGUUGAAAAACA